UUUUAAGAAAUAUAUGAAAAGUGUAAAUUUUUUUUUUGUUUCUUAAAUUUUAACAAUUUAUAACUGUUAAUGAUGCCAAAACGUUCUCCCAGAUUGAUGAUCAAGUCUACGAGGAAAUAUGCCAAAUAUUUGACAGUUCUUUUUGUCAUAUUUUUAGCUUUAGUGGGCGUAUUCUGUACGGUAUUUUCGAAUAUAUUCGUUAAUCGUUUUAUAGAUAGUUACUUGGUCCUACGUCCCGGUAAUCAAAUUGUUGAUAUGUGGUUAAGUCCCGAUGUCAAUGUUACCAUAGACAUUUACUUCUUUAACUGGACGAAUUCUGAAGAUUUCUAUAAAACCAAAGUAAAACCUAAAGUAGAAGAAGUGGGUCCAUAUAGUUUUUUGGAAAUGCCUAAAAAAGAAAUUUUUCAAUGGCAUCCGGAAAAUAAUACCGUAGAUUAUGGUAAAAGACAUUUAUACUAUUUCGAUGAAAACAAAAGUAAAAGACCUUUGGAGGAUAAAUUGGUGACAUUGAAUGGUUUGCUGGUGGCAGCCGCUUCGAAAACCCGCUAUUGGAACUAUGUGAAAAGGACUGUGGUGGAUAUGGCGUUGAGAUUAUAUCAAAAUGGUAUUGUUUGGAAGCAUACGGCUGAGGAGUUUUUCUUUAAGGGUUUUGAGGAUAAUAUAGUGAAUUUAUUGUCUAUAUUUCCCUCCUCUUUUCGCAGUUCGAUGGGUAUAUUUGUACCCUGGGAUCGUAUAGGUUUUAUAUAUGGGCGCAAUGGCACCACCGAUUUAUUGGGCACUCAUACCAUUAGCACGGGUGCGGGUAAUAUGGAUGAAUUUGGUCAAAUAGUUUUGUGGAAGGGUAAAAACUAUUCUGAACCUUUACCCCAAGCUUGUGGAUCCGUCAAAGGAUCAGCGGGAGAAUUCCAGAAAACUAAUCUCAAAAAGAAUGAAUCAAUACAGUAUUUUUUCUCGGAUUUUUGUCGCACUUUCAACUUGGAUUAUCUUGACGAGUACAUGGUAGAGGGUGUAAAGGGUUAUCGUUAUAUAAUCUCACCAAAUACUUUCGAUAAUGGUACCUUAAAUCCCGCUAAUGAAUGUUUUUGUAAUGGCGAAUGUUUACCCUAUGGUGCUGUUAAUAUAUCGGGUUGUUGGUUUGGUCUUCCCGUUUUCAUAACAAAUCCUCAUUUUUUGGAUGCUGAUCCUUUUUAUGCCUCCCAAGUUGAGGGUAUUAAACCGGAGUUAGAUAAACAUUUAACUACAGCUGUAUUAGAUCCUCGAACGGGAUUUAUGCUGGAACUUAAGGGUCGACUGCAGCUGAAUUUCUACAUACAGCCUAGUUCUCACAUAAGAUCUUAUCAAAAUACACGUCGCAUGCUUUUCCCAGUCUUUUGGUUCGAUAUGCAUAUGCGCAUUUCUAAAAAAUCCGCCCUAUUACUCAGAAUCAUGAAUAAUCUACAACUGUAUUGUCAUAUCGUUGGUGCCUCUAUAAUCUUCAUAUCUCUACUCUUCUUUGUCUGGCAGCCCCUGAAACGCAUGUGGAAUAAACGUUAUACCCAUCACAUGCAAAUCAACACCAUGGCCGAUGAUGACGAUGAUGAUGUAAAUAGCAGUAAAAAAGCGAAAGACUUUAAGAUUCGUGAUUCUUUAUAUAGUUUACCUCCAAAUUUUCCCAGCCUUUUAUACAUUUCCCAUCCGCGUCGCAGUUUACCGGUUAUAAUUUCACAAUUGGAUGAGAGCGAAAUGUUAAGUUCAUGUCUAGAGGAUAAUCAGCGAGAUGAGUUUGAACAAGAGUUAGAGACAAUGGUUGAUCAUAUUGGAAACAAAAGUUGAUAAAUAUUCCUUACAGUAGUUAGUUAGUUAAGUAUUUAAAGUAAUUUUUAGUUUAUAUAGUUCUUGUUAAGAGGUGGUUUUAAUUAAAAUACUCCUUUAUUUGUAAAUAUACAUACAUACACAUAUCAAUAUUAUUACAUACAUACUAAUUUGUAAGAUUUUGUAAUAAAUGAGCUCUGGUUGUGAUUCAUCUCGAGCACAAUAAAAAAGGUAAGUCA